AUGGCCUCUGGAAUCUUCAACUCGACGUACUACGGCAAGGACUACCGCGCCGGUGCCGCCCUCCUGCGUGCCCGCCGGCCAUAUCUGGUUAAGAAUGCCCUUACUGGGUUCGGCUUGUUUGUCUUCUCCAUUGGUGUCUAUGCCUACACCAUUCGCGCCGUCGGCCAAGAAGAAUUUUCCGACGUAAAAGUCCCCGAUGCCCCCGCGCAGAAGUCAGCGCAGAAAUAG